AUGACCACCUUGUAUCCCGGCGAGGCUCUUGAAAACAUCGCUGGCUUUCCUACGAUAUACCACUACCAGCCUGCUCGCGCGGAAAAUGCCUAUAAAAGGAAUACUCUUAUCGUCUGCGUGACUGGAGGGUUGCACCUCGCUAGGGUCUUCUAUGGCGGCCAUUCCGGUUCGAAAAGCAGCAACUUUGUAAGCCACUGGCUAUCGGAGAAUGGAUAUGGGGUGUUGUCUCUGUCGUAUCCGCUGGAAACAGACCCCGAAAUCAUGCCAACCACUGCAGCGAGAUUCAGGAUUCGCGACUGGGGUCGUCAGGCAGCGGCGACAACCAGGAAAAUCAUCGACGAAAAGAAUCUCGGGGACCCAUCAAUAGUUCUGAUCUCGUGGAGCAUGGGAGGUCGCAUGGUCGUGCCAUUCAAUAUCGCCGCAAAGGAACUGGGCCUCCACGUCCAGCAGUAUAUCAGCUUCGCUGCAACCCCGGGGUUUUCCACUAUCCGACCACCUAUGCCGGGCUUGACCUGUACAAAUUCAGGCUACUUCCAGGUUCCUCCUCGUCUGGAUAAUUUCGAGCGGCAGCUCUCUGAGAUGGAGGAGUUGAACGGGCACACUAUCAUCCCUCGCGACAUCUACCGCCGCGAGUAUGUCGGGGCGACUCCUAUCAAUUUAAUCGGACUCGGUCUGAAAUACGACGGGAGUGGAUUUGUUCGCGAUGAGAUCUCCCAUGAAGAGGACUCGCAGGUUCUAAAUAUUGCAAAUCUCCCUUUCAUCACGGCUCUCUAUCCGACAAGCAUCCUCGAUGCCAGCCAUGCGAUGGCGGACAGGGCAAGCUGGGGGUUUCUAAUAACUUACAGUCUAGAGUCGAUGAUCGGGAAACAGGGAUUGCGAAAGGCAAAUGAGUCUUCAAGCUGGCAAUCGUUGCUAGAACUUGUCCAGUCUGCGCCGACAAAACUGUGUCUGCCUGUGCCUGGGAAUCAUUUCUUCUUUAUUGGAGAGCAGUCAGCUCGAGACACUGCGGAGAUGGUUGACAGGCUUAUCAGAGAGGCAGAUAGCUUUCAGUCUAAGUUACGUAGUCUCAUCGCAUAG